CAAUCACUCCGUGUUCCCAUCGACUUUUCCAUUUUCCAUAAUUAUUAUUCCCGAUCAAUAAUAUUCGCCAAAUUGUCUUUUCAUGGUGGCUUCAGACAUAUCACACUAAACCAAAUCUGACACACAACACAAAUAUAUCUUUUUCUUCAAAACCCCAACCGAAUCACAAAUGGCGAGAAGAUCCAUACCCCUCCUCAAACACCUCUUAUCAACCCGAUCCCAAUCCCAAUCCAAUUCCCUCGGUUCAACCCGAUGGGUAACCUAUAUGCACCGUCCAGGCGACGGAACACCGCGUCCAGUUACCAUGAUCCCCGGCGACGGAAUCGGACCACUCGUAACCGGAGCCGUCGAACAAGUCAUGGAGGCGAUGCACGCGCCUGUUUACUUCGAAAAAUUCGAUGUCCAUGGUGACAUGAAAGCCGUUCCAUCCGAGGUUCUUGACUCGAUCCGUAAGAAUAAGGUUUGUCUUAAAGGUGGAUUGGUUACUCCUAUGGGCGGUGGUGUUAGUUCUCUCAAUGUUCAGCUUAGGAAGGAGCUUGAUCUAUAUGCUUCGCUUGUUAAUUGUUUCAAUCUUCCUGGAUUGCCAACCAGACAUGAUAAUGUUGAUAUCGUUGUCAUUAGGGAGAAUACUGAAGGCGAGUAUGCUGGACUUGAACAUGAGGUCGUUCCUGGCGUCGUUGAAAGCCUUAAGGUGAUCACGAAGUUCUGUUCUGAGCGUAUUGCCAAAUAUGCAUUUGAGUACGCUUACCUGAAUAACAGAAAGAAAGUGACUGCUGUCCACAAAGCAAAUAUAAUGAAGCUUGCAGAUGGUUUGUUCUUGGAAUCUUGUCGAGAGGUUGCCACCAAGUACCCUGGAAUUAAAUAUAAUGAAAUUAUUGUGGACAAUUGCUGCAUGCAGCUUGUUUCGAAGCCUGAGCAGUUUGAUGUAAUGGUUACCCCAAAUCUGUAUGGAAAUCUAGUUGCGAAUACUGCAGCAGGCAUUGCUGGAGGCACCGGAGUCAUGCCAGGAGGUAAUGUUGGGUCUGAGCAUGCUGUGUUUGAUAAAAUAGCAGAACAAAAGACAGCCAACCCAGUGGCACUUCUUCUCUCAUCAGCUAUGAUGCUUAGGCAUCUCCAGUUUCCUGCAUUCGCUGACCGUUUGGAAACUGCUGUUGAAAAAGUGAUUCUCGAGGGUAAGUAUCGGACAAAAGAUCUUGGAGGGACAAGCACCACUCAAGAGGUUGUCGAUGCAGUAAUAGAUGCUUUAGAUUGAUUCAUUUAGUUGUUAAUUUCCCAAAUGCCAAGUCAGCCUCGUAUAAUCUUUUUUCUAGUUGAUUUUAUCAACAUUGUUGUGCACCCAACAAAUUGAAAAUAGCAAUUUUUGUCCUGAAUAAUGUUUAUGCAACACACAAAAUGAUGUAUUAUUUUUUCUCCCGAAGAUUUAAGGAGAAAGUGAUAACUUUUUCUCUAUUUAAAAUAUUUGAUUUGCUAUUUAUAUA